AGUUUGAACAGAAAUUUUAACUUGUGUGGGGUAUGUCAUGUGUGCACGUGUGAAGUCCUGUGCUUUCACAUGGAUAACAAACAGUCUUGUUACAGGUCUGGCUGUUCUUCCUAGCAGUAAGAAGCCACUGCACCAGAAAAGCUACCUACGUGUUGGAGUAUGGGAAUUACUCAAUGAGUGAAUAGUCACCAGUCUUGAAGAGAACAGAAGAAAAGAUUGGCAUCAAGCUGAAGGAGGAGGUGUACAGCUUCCUAGGGCCAUCGGAGAGACAGUGACCAACCUUACCUGUCAAUGAGGAGACACUAGAUUUGCUAGGAGGCACAGGUCAUGCUGAUCUGACUGGGCAUGCUGUAUUUAUGUAUCUGGAAGUCUGUAGGUCCCUGCUGGCCUCAACUUGUGCACAUGUGGACUCAACAGAGAAAUCCAGACUCCUCUCUGUGAAGUGUUUUUGGAGUUGAUCCCCUGCUGAAAGUCUCCUCUAAGUUCUUUGCUGUUGCCCAGCCAACACCUGAGGGAUCACAAACGAACCUGGGAUAGGCAAUACUCAAAAUCCAGAGGAAGAGGUUGCAAUCUACAGGAAGCUGAUCCUUCUUGCUUUUCAUUGCCAAGUGAAUUAAGAAGUGUCUCUCACCUGGUCAGCUGAAGACACCACCCAGAACAACUGCAAAACAGAGCAUUGCUGAUCUCUCCUUUCAGUGAUAGUGACUGACCUCAAAUACGAGAGCGGCUUUUCUGAAAACAAUCUAUCUGACAGACAACAAUGGACAUAAAAGAUCGAAGACACCGCUCUUUGACGAGGGGCCGGUGUGGGAAGGAAUGUCGCUAUACCAGCUCUUCACUGGAUAGUGAAGACUGCAGAGUCCCAACACAGAAGUCCUACAGCUCAAGUGAGACUCUGAAAGCUUAUGAUCAUGACACCAGGAUGCACUAUGGAAAUCGUGUUUCUGACCUGGUUCACAGGGAGUCAGAUGAGUUUCCAAGACAAGGAACAAACUUCACCCUUGCAGAGCUAGGAAUCUGUGAGCCCUCUCCCCAUCGAAGUGGCUACUGCUCGGACAUAGGAAUACUCCACCAAGGCUAUUCCUUGAGCACUGGCUCUGAUGCUGACUCGGACACAGAGGGAGGAAUGUCUCCAGAGCAUGCGAUCAGGCUGUGGGGAAGAGGGAUCAAAUCCAGGCGAAGUUCCGGUCUGUCAAGUCGCGAAAACUCGGCUCUCACACUUACCGACUCCGACAACGAAAAUAAGUCAGAUGAGGAAAACGAUUUUCACACACACCUUUCUGAGAAAUUGAAAGACAGACAGACAAGCUGGCAGCAGCUGGCUGAGCCAAAGAACUCUCUAAUACGUCGUCCCAUUCCACCUACAUCCUCGUCUAGCCUUCUCCCAUCUGCUCAGCUGCCCAGUUCUCAUAAUCCUCCACCAGUUAGCUGCCAGAUGCCAUUGCUAGACAGCAACACGUCCCAUCAAAUCAUGGACACCAAUCCUGAUGAGGAGUUCUCUCCUAACUCAUAUCUGCUAAGAGCAUGUUCAGGGCCACAGCAGGCUUCCAGCAGUGGCCCCUCAAACCACCACAGCCAGUCAACACUGAGGCCACCUCUCCCUCCUCCUCACAACCACUCGCUGUCCCACCAUCACUCGUCCGCCAACUCCCUCAACAGGAACUCGCUCACAAACCGCCGCAACCAGAUCCACGCGCCUGCUCCUGCACCCAACGACCUGGCCACCACUCCUGAGUCCGUGCAGCUCCAGGACAGCUGGGUGCUCAACAGCAACGUGCCACUUGAGACCAGGCAUUUCUUGUUUAAGACAUCUUCUGGAACGACUCCACUAUUCAGUAGCUCUUCUCCUGGCUACCCACUGACCUCAGGAACAGUUUAUACUCCACCUCCCAGGCUGUUACCUAGAAAUACAUUCUCCAGGAAUGCGUUCAAGCUUAAAAAACCCUCCAAAUAUUGUAGCUGGAAAUGUGCUGCUUUAUCUGCAAUUGCUGCUGCAGUCCUGCUUGCCAUCCUGCUAGCAUAUUUCAUAGCGAUGCACCUGCUCGGGCUCAACUGGCAGCUCCAGCCCGCCGACGGGCACACCUUCAACAACGGCAUGAGGCCGGGCCUGCCGGGCGCGGAGGAUGCAGCGACGAUGCCAUCUGGAGGCAGAGGACCAUGGGUAACUAGGAAUAGCAGCAUAGAUAGUGGAGAAACAGAAGUUGGCCGCAAGGUCACCCAGGAAGUGCCCCCUGGAGUCUUUUGGCGGUCUCAGAUCCAUAUCAGCCAGCCACAGUUCCUGAAGUUCAACAUAUCCUUAGGGAAGGAUGCUCUUUUUGGUGUUUAUAUAAGAAGAGGACUCCCACCAUCUCAUGCCCAGUAUGAUUUCAUGGAACGCUUGGAUGGGAAAGAGAAAUGGAGUGUGGUGGAGUCCCCACGGGAACGUCGAAGUAUUCAGACCCUCGUUCAGAAUGAGGCUGUGUUUGUUCAGUACUUGGAUGUGGGUUUGUGGCACCUGGCAUUUUACAAUGAUGGCAAGGACAAAGAAGUGGUCUCUUUCAGUACAGUUAUUUUGGACUCAGUGCAAGACUGUCCGCGCAAUUGUCAUGGGAAUGGUGAAUGUGUAUCUGGUGUCUGCCACUGUUUUCCAGGAUUUCACGGAGCAGAUUGUGCUAAAGCUGCCUGCCCGGUACUGUGCAGUGGCAAUGGUCAGUACUCUAAAGGAACCUGCUUAUGCUACAGUGGCUGGAAAGGUCCAGAAUGUGAUGUACCCAUCAGCCAGUGUAUUGAUCCCUCGUGUGGAGGUCACGGUUCCUGCAUCGAAGGGAACUGUGUCUGUUCUGUUGGCUAUAAAGGAGAAAACUGUGAAGAAGUUGAUUGCUUAGAUCCAACGUGCUCCAAUCAUGGAGUCUGUGUGAAUGGCGAAUGUCUCUGCAGCCCAGGCUGGGGUGGAAUAAACUGUGAGCUUCCCAGAGCCCAGUGUCCAGACCAGUGUAGUGGGCACGGUACAUACCUGUCUGACACUGGUCUUUGUAGCUGUGAUCCCAACUGGAUGGGUCCCGACUGCUCUGUUGAAGUGUGCUCUGUAGACUGUGGCACUCACGGGGUGUGCAUUGGCGGAGCAUGUCGCUGCGAAGAAGGGUGGACAGGAAUGGCGUGUGACCAGCGAGUGUGUCAUCCCCGUUGUACAGAGCACGGAACUUGUAAAGAUGGGAAAUGUGAAUGCAGAGAGGGCUGGAAUGGGGAGCACUGCACCAUUGAUGGCUGCCCUGAUCUGUGCAACGGCAAUGGGAGAUGCACGCUCGGCCAGAACAGCUGGCAGUGUGUCUGCCAGACCGGCUGGAGAGGGCCUGGAUGCAACGUUGCCAUGGAAACUUCCUGUGCCGAUAACAAGGAUAACGAGGGAGAUGGCUUGGUUGACUGCCUAGACCCAGAUUGCUGCCUCCAGUCUACUUGUCAAAAUAGCCUGCUGUGCCGGGGUUCCCGUGAUCCUCUUGACAUCAUACAACAGAGCCAUUCUGGUUCACCAGCUGUGAAGUCAUUCUAUGAUCGAAUCAAGCUCUUAGUGGGGAAGGACAGCACUCAUAUAAUUCCAGGAGAAAAUCCCUUCAACAGCAGUCUUGUGUCUCUUAUAAGAGGCCAAGUGGUGACGACAGAUGGAACGCCUCUAGUUGGGGUCAAUGUGUCAUUUGUCAAGUAUCCAAAGUAUGGCUAUACCAUCACUCGUCAGGAUGGCACGUUUGACUUGGUUGCAAAUGGUGGAGCAUCCCUAACUUUGCACUUUGAACGGGCCCCAUUUAUGAGUCAGGAAAGGACAGUAUGGUUGCCGUGGAAUAGCUUCUAUGCCAUGGACACACUCGUGAUGAAGACAGAGGAGAACUCCAUUCCCAGCUGUGAUCUAAGUGGCUUUGUCCGUCCUGAUCCAGUCAUCAUUUCAUCACCGCUUUCCACUUUCUUCAGUGAUGCUCCUGGCCGAAAUCCCAUUGUACCAGAAACCCAGGUUCUUCAUGAAGAAAUUGAGAUCCCUGGCUCGAGUAUAAAGCUCAACUACCUGAGUUCCCGUACUGCUGGAUAUAAAUCCUUACUUAAGAUCAUCAUGACUCAGUCACUUGUGCCACUGAAUCUGAUCAAAGUUCAUUUGAUGGUAGCAGUAGAAGGGCAUCUAUUUCAAAAAUCAUUUCAGGCAUCUCCCAACUUGGCUUAUACAUUUAUCUGGGACAAAACAGAUGCAUAUGGUCAGAAGGUUUAUGGGUUGUCAGAUGCUGUAGUUUCUGUGGGUUUUGAAUAUGAGACUUGCCCCAGUCUGAUUUUAUGGGAGAAGAGGACAGCACUGCUGCAAGGAUUUGAACUAGAUCCUUCCAAUCUAGGAGGAUGGUCUUUGGAUAAGCAUCAUGUACUUAAUGUCAAGAGUGGUAUAUUGCACAAAGGCAAUGGAGAAAAUCAGUUUCUAACUCAACAGCCAGCUGUGAUAACCAGCAUUAUGGGGAAUGGGCGCCGAAGAAGCAUAUCCUGUCCUAGCUGCAAUGGUCUUGCAGAAGGAAAUAAGCUUUUGGCCCCUGUAGCACUGGCAGUGGGAAUUGAUGGAAGUCUCUUUGUUGGAGAUUUUAACUAUAUUCGGCGUAUCUUCCCAUCCAAGAAUGUUACUAGUAUAUUGGAGCUGAGAAAUAAAGAGUUUAAACAUAGCAACAAUCCCGCUCAUAAAUACUAUCUGGCCGUGGACCCCGUUUCGGGCUCACUCUAUGUAUCCGACACCAACAGUCGACGGAUAUACAGAGUCAAAUCCCUCACUGGCACAAAAGACCUAGCUGGUAAUUCCGAAGUGGUAGCAGGGACCGGAGAGCAAUGCCUGCCCUUUGAUGAAGCCAGAUGUGGAGAUGGAGGGAAAGCAGUGGACGCAACCCUAAUGAGCCCUCGAGGAAUCGCAGUGGAUAAGUAUGGACUCAUGUAUUUUGUUGAUGCCACAAUGAUUCGAAAAGUGGAUCAGAAUGGAAUUAUAUCAACUCUGCUGGGCUCCAAUGACCUAACUGCUGUUCGACCUCUAAGCUGCGAUUCCAGCAUGGAUGUCAGCCAGGUACGGCUGGAGUGGCCUACUGAUCUCGCUGUCAAUCCCAUGGACAACUCACUUUAUGUCCUAGAGAACAAUGUUAUUUUACGGAUCACAGAAAACCAUCAAGUUAGCAUUAUUGCUGGACGCCCCAUGCACUGCCAGGUUCCUGGUAUAGACUACUCUCUUAGCAAACUGGCUAUUCAUUCUGCACUUGAAUCAGCCAGUGCCAUUGCCAUCUCACACACAGGAGUUCUUUACAUCAGUGAGACAGAUGAAAAAAAAAUUAAUCGGCUACGCCAGGUAACUACCAAUGGAGAAAUAUGCCUUCUUGCAGGGGCAGCUUCAGACUGUGAUUGCAAAAAUGAUGUCAACUGUAAUUGCUAUUCUGGGGAUGAUGGGUAUGCCACUGAUGCCAUCUUAAAUUCACCAUCUUCCUUAGCUGUGGCCCCAGAUGGUACCAUCUACAUAGCUGAUCUUGGAAAUAUCCGCAUUAGGGCUGUCAGUAAAAACAGGCCCAUUCUUAAUUCUUUUAACCAAUAUGAAGCUGCAUCUCCAGGAGAACAGGAGCUGUAUGUCUUCAAUGCUGACGGGAUUCACCAGUACACUCUCAGCCUUGUUACCGGGGAGUACUUGUACAAUUUCACCUAUAGCAGCGAUAACGAUGUCACGGAGGUGAUGGACAGCAAUGGCAACUCCUUGAAGGUCCGUCGGGAUGCCAGUGGAAUGCCCCGCCACUUACUGAUGCCAGAUAAUCAGAUUGUCACGCUGGCUGUUGGCACUAAUGGUGGACUCAAGCUAGUUUCAACGCAGACCCUGGAGCUUGGAUUAAUGACUUAUAACGGGAACAGUGGUCUCUUAGCAACGAAGAGUGAUGAAACAGGAUGGACAACAUUUUAUGACUAUGAUCAUGAAGGGCGCCUGACCAAUGUAACACGUCCCACUGGAGUGGUAACUAGCCUUCAUCGAGAAAUGGAAAAGUCUAUUACCAUCGACAUUGAGAAUUCUAAUCGGGAUGAUGAUGUCACGGUCAUCACAAAUCUCUCCUCUGUGGAGGCUUCCUAUACAGUUGUUCAAGAUCAAGUGAGGAACAGCUACCAGCUCUGUAAUAAUGGUACUUUGAGAGUGAUGUAUGCCAAUGGCAUGAGCAUUAGCUUUCACAGCGAACCUCAUGUCCUGGCCGGGACUGUAACUCCCACCAUAGGACGAUGUAACAUUUCUCUACCAAUGGAAAAUGGUUUGAACUCAAUUGAAUGGCGUCUGAGGAAAGAACAGAUUAAAGGCAAAGUGACUGUGUUUGGAAGGAAGCUCAGGGUUCAUGGAAGGAAUUUACUGUCCAUUGAUUACGACCGGAAUAUACGCACAGAAAAGAUCUAUGACGAUCACCGGAAAUUUACACUGAGGAUAAUUUACGAUCAACUAGGACGGCCUUUUCUUUGGCUGCCUAGCAGUGGUCUGGCUGCUGUCAACGUGUCCUAUUUCUUCAAUGGACGCCUGGCUGGGCUUCAGCGUGGUGCCAUGAGUGAAAGAACAGAUAUAGAUAAGCAAGGCAGGAUCAUAUCACGCAUGUUUGCGGAUGGGAAGGUUUGGAGCUACACCUACCUAGAAAAAUCGAUGGUACUACUGCUUCAGAGCCAACGGCAGUACAUCUUCGAGUACGAUUCUUCAGACCGGCUCCACGCUGUUACCAUGCCUAGUGUUGCUCGGCACAGCAUGUCAACUCACACGUCUGUUGGCUACAUUAGGAAUAUUUAUAAUCCUCCUGAAAGCAACGCAUCAGUGAUUUUUGAUUAUAGUGAUGAUGGGAGGAUUUUGAAAACAUCAUUUUUAGGUACUGGUCGACAAGUCUUUUACAAGUAUGGGAAGCUAUCCAAAUUAUCUGAGAUUGUUUAUGACAGUACUGCAGUUACUUUUGGAUACGAUGAAACUACAGGUGUCCUAAAAAUGGUGAAUUUGCAAAGUGGAGGAUUUUCUUGUACAAUCCGCUAUCGUAAAAUUGGUCCUCUUGUUGACAAACAAAUCUAUAGAUUCUCUGAGGAGGGUAUGGUCAAUGCAAGGUUUGAUUAUACAUAUCAUGAUAAUAGUUUUCGAAUUGCGAGCAUCAAACCUAUAAUAAGCGAGACACCCCUUCCAGUUGAUCUUUACCGUUAUGAUGAGAUUUCUGGCAAAGUAGAACAUUUUGGCAAAUUUGGAGUUAUUUAUUAUGAUAUAAAUCAAAUUAUUACUACAGCAGUAAUGACACUGAGUAAACACUUUGAUACCCAUGGGCGCAUUAAAGAAGUUCAAUACGAAAUGUUCAGAUCUCUGAUGUACUGGAUGACUGUACAAUAUGACAGUAUGGGAAGGGUAACUAAGCGAGAACUGAAACUUGGUCCGUAUGCCAACACAACCAAGUACACCUACGAUUAUGAUGGAGAUGGACAACUGCAAAGUGUAGCAGUAAACGAUAGGCCAACCUGGCGUUAUAGUUACGAUCUGAAUGGAAAUCUUCACCUUCUGAAUCCUGGAAACAGCGUCCGGCUGAUGCCGCUGCGCUACGAUCUAAGAGACAGGAUUACACGCUUAGGUGACAUACCCUACAAAAUCGAUGAUGAUGGAUUCCUGUGUCAACGAGGCUCAGAUGUUUUUGAGUACAACUCCAAAGGACUCUUAACAAGAGCUUACAACAAAGCGAAUGGGUGGAGCGUUCAGUACCGUUACGACGGACUUGGCCGAAGGGCUUCUUGUAAGACUAACCUAGGGCAUCAUCUACAGUACUUUUAUGCUGAUCUUCACAACCCAACAAGAGUAACUCAUGUCUACAAUCAUUCCAAUUCAGAAAUUACCUCUUUGUAUUACGAUUUGCAAGGCCACCUGUUUGCAAUGGAGAGUAGCAGCGGGGAAGAAUAUUAUGUUGCCUCUGAUAACACAGGCACUCCGUUAGCUGUAUUCAGCAUCAACGGCCUCAUGAUCAAACAGCUUCAGUACACGGCGUAUGGGGAGAUUUAUUAUGACUCUAACCCCGAUUUCCAGUUGGUUAUUGGGUUCCAUGGAGGGCUGUAUGAUCCUUUAACCAAACUCGUCCAUUUUACCCAAAGGGACUAUGAUGUCCUUGCUGGACGCUGGACAUCUCCUGAUUACACAAUGUGGAAAAACAUUGGUAAAGAACCUGCCCCUUUCAACCUGUACAUGUUCAAGAGUAACAACCCCCUCAGCAAUGAACUGGAUCUAAAGAAUUAUGUAACAGAUGUCAAAAGCUGGUUGGUGAUGUUUGGAUUUCAGCUCAGCAACAUUAUUCCUGGUUUCCCUAGAGCAAAAAUGUACUUUGUGUCACCGCCAUAUGAGUUGUCUGAGAGCCAAGCAUGUGAAAAUGGCCAGCUAAUUACAGGAGUUCAGCAGACAACAGAAAGACACAAUCAAGCUUUCAUGGCUCUUGAGGGACAGGUCAUAUCUAAAAGAUUACAUGCCAAUAUUAGAGAAAAAGCAGGUCACUGGUUUGCAACAAGCACUCCUAUUAUUGGGAAAGGAAUCAUGUUUGCUGUAAAGGAAGGCCGUGUAACCACUGGCAUUUCCAGCAUAGCCACAGACGAUAGCAGAAAAAUUGCCUCUGUCCUUAACAGUGCUCACUACCUGGAGAAAAUGCACUACAGCAUCGAGGGGAAGGAUACUCAUUACUUUGUCAAGAUAGGCUCAGCUGAUAGCGACCUCGUAACCCUCGCGAUGACCAGUGGGCGGAAGGUCCUGGACAGCGGAGUAAACGUGACCGUUUCCCAGCCAGCUCUCCUAAUCAACGGAAGGACUCGACGGUUCACGAAUAUUGAAUUUCAGUACUCCACCCUGCUGAUCAACAUCCGCUACGGGCUAACCGCCGACACGCUGGACGAGGAGAAGGCGAGAGUGUUAGACCAGGCUCGGCAGCGAGCCCUGGGGUCAGCGUGGGCCAAGGAGCAGCAGAAGGCACGGGACGGCCGCGAGGGCAGCCGCGUAUGGACAGACGGAGAGAAGCAACAGCUUCUGAACACGGGAAGGGUUCAAGGUUACGAGGGAUAUUAUGUCCUGCCUGUGGAGCAGUACCCAGAGCUAGCAGACAGUAGCAGCAACAUCCAGUUUUUAAGACAGAAUGAAAUGGGAAAGAGGUAA